UGUGGAAAAGGGAGGAUUGCUGGGGGUGGUGGUGAGGGAGACACGUCCCUAAUUCCCUCCGUCUUUUCUUUUCUUCCCUCCCUUUCCUUCCUUCGCCAGCCACUCGUUCUCUCUGAGGUACAGGCAGAGGGCGCUUUAGCCAUGCCCGCCCUCUGCGGUUGCUGCUGCUGCUGCUCCUGCUCAGCUCCACGCGCUGAAGAGACUCCCGCUCCCCGGCCCCUGCUGUUGCUGUUGCCGCUGCCACUGACAAGACACCCGGGGAAGCGAGGCGAAGAGUGAACCGCGCUGCUGCCGCUUAUCAGUUUCGUUCCUCAUUGGCAUAUAGCCGGCUGGGGGCUGAAGAGGAAACAACUCCCACCCUCUAAUUUGCUCGGGAACUCCUUCGACCUCCCUUUGCUCCUGGGGGAGCCCAGUUCGGAUGUCCGGUUUCCUGGUGCCUUUUUUUUUUAACCUGACAGACUCCAAGUAACUUGUGGGACGGGGGGAAACUACCAAGCAAGCAAGCAAGCGCGCCCGCCUGAGCCGGCGGAGGGGAGGGGGAUUCUUUGCACCUUCCUUUUCUCCAUCCUGGGGAAGUUGCUGCUUAACUAUUACUAAGAAAAAGCCGGGACUUGAGGGGAGCCACACAGCAUUGCCCACACGCUUUACUACUCCCACCUCUCCACCUCGCGGUCGCGCCCUGUCGCCCUCUGCACAAUGCACUUGCUGGGAUUAUUCUCUCUGGGUUGCUAUCUGGCUGCUGGUGCUGUGGUGCUGCUUGGAGCUCGCGAGCCUGCAACAGCAGCUGCCUAUGAAUCCGGGCACGGCUACUAUGAGGAGGAGCCCGAUCUGGGGGAUGCAAAGCAAACUCAUACAAGUAAAGAAUUGGAAGAGCAGUUGCGGUCUGUAUCCAGUGUGGAUGAACUCAUGACAGUACUUUAUCCAGAAUACUGGAAAAUGUUCAAAUGUCAGUUGAGAAAAGGGAGCUGGCAGCACAGUAGGGAACAGUCCAGCUUCAAUGCAAGAUCAGAGGAUUCAAAUCCCAUAAAAUUUGCUGCAGCGCAUUACAGUGCUGAGAUCUUGAAAAGUAUUGAUAAUGAGUGGAGAAAAACUCAAUGCAUGCCACGUGAGGUAUGUGUAGAUGUGGGGAAAGAGUCUGGAGCAACAACAAACACCUUCUUUAAACCUCCAUGUGUGUCCAUCUACAGAUGUGGAGGUUGCUGCAAUAGUGAAGGGCUGCAGUGUAUGAAUAUCAGCACAAACUACAUCAGUAAAACGUUAUUCGAAAUAACUGUGCCGCUGUCUCAUGGUCCCAAACCUGUAACAAUCAGUUUUGCCAAUCAUACAUCCUGCCGAUGCAUGUCAAAACUGGAUGUCUAUAGACAAGUUCAUUCAAUCAUUAGACGCUCCUUAUCAGUAACACAACCACAGUGUCAUGUGGCAAAUAAAACUUGCCCAAAAAAUCAUAUCUGGAAUAAUCAGAUCUGCAGAUGUCUGGCGCAGCAUGACUUCAGUUUCUCUUCCUACCUUGGGGAUACUGACACUGCUGAAGGAUACCAUGAUAUCUGUGGGCCUAAUAAGGAGCUUGAUGAAGAAACCUGUCAAUGUGUCUGCAAAGGGGGAGUGAGGCCUUCCAGCUGCGGACCCCACAAAGAAUUAGACAGAACAUCAUGCCAAUGUACAUGUAAAAAUAAACUGCUGCCUAGCUCAUGUGGACCCAACAAGGAUUUUGAAGAAGAAAAGUGCCAAUGUGUAUGUAAAAGAAUAUGCCCUAAACAUCAGCCAUUAAAUUCUGCAAAGUGUAUUUGUGAAUGUGUAGAAUCUCCAAACAAGUGUUUCUUGAAAGGAAAAAGAUUUAAUCACCAGACGUGCAGUUGCUACAGACCACCAUGUACAGUUCGAACGAAACGAUGUGAGCUUGGAUUUUAUUACAGUGAAGAAGUGUGUCGUUGUGUACCCACAUACUGGAAAAAACCACUUAUCAAUUAGUGAAGAAGAUAUCAUCUGGCAAAUUGGUGUACAUUUUUCCUUUUUUAAAAAGACUGCUAACAUUUUGGAUUUACUGUGCGGAAGAGACAUUAUAGGACUAUUGGAGAGAGACUCAUUUGUGCUUUGUGGAAAGCAAAUGUAGAAAAAAAACUGGGAUUUUCUUCAUUAUAACGAACUCACUAAGGACUUGAUUUUUUUCCAAUGACCAAACAGCCUACAUUUUCUUUCUUGUGAUUUUUUAAAAAGAUAAUAACUAUAUAAUUUAUUUCCAUUAAAAAUAUUGUACUGCAUUCUUGUUUAUAGCAGUAACAAUUGUUAAAUCUCAC